AUGAUGAUGUCAUGUGCACGCGGUUCUGCCGAACUUCUCGGUCUGGAUGAUAGUAGUGCCGGGAAUGGUAGUCGUACGGGCCAAGAUCCGGACGGAGAUUAUUCAACCACGGAUCACAAUAACACGAGCACAGGUCACGUCUCAAGGGAACGCUCGGGCAAUGUGACUCCCAGUCCUCGACCAUCCGGACCCAGUAAAAGUGCCCCGGUGCGACGGAGAGCAGCACGACUUGGAAAAUUAAAACAACACAAACAUUUUUUGGAGGCAUAG